AUGUCUAACACGGCGAAGAGUGGGGACUUGAUCCACUUGAACGUGGGCGGGAAGCGGUUCAGCACUUCCCGCCAGACACUUACCUGGGUUCCAGACUCCUUUUUCUCCAGUCUUUUGAGUGGACGCAUUUCCACCCUGAAGGAUGAAACUGGAGCCAUCUUCAUCGACAGAGAUCCGUCUCUCUUUGCGUCCAUCCUCAACUUUCUGCGGACCAAAGAACUUCACCCGCGCUCCAUCAGCGUGCACAUGCUCAUGCACGAGGCCGAGUUCUACGGGAUCACGCCUCUCGUGCGCAAGCUGCAGCUGUGUGACGAGUUGGACCGCUCCUCCUGCGGAAACGUCCUGUUUAACGGCUACCUGCCUCCGCCGGUCCACCCGGCCAAGCGGCGCAAUCGUCACAGCGUGGCUGGCUCUCAGUUCGCGACGGGUCGACCGGCGCCCGGUGAGAGAGCGCCGGUUCGACGCAGCAACACCAUGCCGCCCAACCUGGGUAACUCCGGGAUGCUGACGAGGGGCGACGAAAGGGUGUCGGGAGGUCCGUUGUCAGAUCCCGGCUUGGUCAGGAUCAUUUGCGGGCAUCACAAUUGGAUCGCAGUGGCAUACUCGCAGUUUGUGGCCUGUUACAGAGUGAAGGAGUCGAGCGGCUGGCAGCAGGUCUUCACGUCGCCUCGCCUGGACUGUCUGAUCGACCGGGUGGCGCUCAACGCCAGGGUGAUGGGCGGCUGCCUCGGUGACAACGACAAGAUGGUGGCCGUUGCCUCGGGAACCGAGAUCAUCCUCUGGUCCAUCUGCCCCGACGGCAACGGGAACGAGAUCGGCGUAUUUGGCCUCAACGUGCCGGUGGAGUCUCUCUUCUUCGUGGGGAACCAGCUGAUUGCCACAAGUCACACCGGGAAGGUUGGCGUGUGGAAUGCCGUCACCAAGCACUGGCAGAAUCAAGACGUCGUUCCCAUCAGCAGCUACGACACGGCCGCCUCCUUCCUCAUCCUCGGGUGCAAUAACGGAUCCAUCUACUACAUCGACGUUCAGAAGUUUCCCCUGAGGAUGAAAGACAACGAUCUGUUGGUGACGGAACUUUAUCGGGACCCCACCGAGGACGCCAUCACCGCGCUCAGCGUUUACCUCACACCCAAAACCAGCGACAGCGGCAACUGGAUCGAGAUCGCUUACGGCACCAGUUCCGGAGCGGUGCGCGUCAUCGUGCAGCACCCGGAAACCGUGGGAUCGGGCCCGCAACUUUUUCAGACCUUCUCGGUCCACCGCAGCCCCGUCACCAAGAUCAUGCUCUCUGAGAAGCACCUCAUCUCAGUGUGCGCGGACAACAACCACGUCCGCACGUGGACCGUGACACGCUUCCGGGGCAUGAUCUCCACCCAGCCGGGCUCCACGCCGCUCACUUCCUUCAAGAUCCUCAGCCUGGAUGAAGUGGACGGACAGGGAGGCUGCAGCGCCGGCACCGAGAUAGGGCCGUACGGCGAGCGAGACGACCAGCAGGUCUUCAUCCAGAGAGUCGUUCCGGACACCGACAAACUAUACGUCAGGCUGUCCUCCAACGGGAAGAGAGUGUGCGAGGUGCGCUCGGUGGACGGCACGUCCAUCACGGCGUUCGUGGUUCACGAGUGCGAAGGUUCCAGUCGCAUCGGCUCGCGGCCUCGACGCUACCUGUUCAGCGGACACGCCAACGGAAGCAUCCAAAUGUGGGACCUGACAACCGCCAUGGAGAUCGCAGGGAAGGUGGACAUCCGAGCGCUGGGCGGGCCCACCGAGGAAGAGCUGCUGGAGCUUUUGGACCAGUGUGACCUCGCUCUCACCAGAACUCCCGACAGCACGCCAAGAACCUCCAUGUGCAGUUUGUCUUCAGGUUCUUGCGACGGCUUUCGAGCGGAUCGCGUCUGCUCUUCCGGAGGAGGAGGAAGAGGCCCUUCUCUCUACGGUAGUCUUCCUCGCCAAGCUCCGCCCCCUAAAUCCUCACCUUCGGGACCGCCGCCCAACUUCGCCUUCGCCGCGUUCGGACCUCAGUGCCUCGCCGGCUCCAGCCCGCGACCCCGCCGUUUGGCCGAGCGGGAAGGCGGCUGGACGCGCAGGGGCAGUUUCGUGGAACGCUGCCAGGAACUAGCCAAAGGCUCCGACGCCUCGGAGGGCGUCCGCCGAAGUCUGGCCGCGUGCGGCGAGCUGGAGGCGCGCUUCGGCCCGAGGACGCCUCCCGUGGUUUUCUCCGCUCCGCCCGGCCCGCGCCAGCCUUCGUUUAGAAUCGCCGCCCCCGCGUCGCCCGCCACUAGCCCGACGCGCUCGCAGACACCCGCGCCGGCUCGCCGUAACGCCAUCCCCGCUUCCUCGCCGCCGCCCGACGCCGCCGCCUCGCCGGAAAGUCCGGCCGGUGGCGAGGGACCAACAGCCGGUCCCCCGACAGGUAGCCCCAAACCGCACAUGAACGAGACUAGCUUCUGA